AUGAUCAAUAACCUAACGCGUUUUCAGUUCUCCAAGAGAAAUGAAAAGUCAUUAUCCAGAUUUUUCUCACAAUGUCGGACACAAACUGCGAACGAACACCUCAGCACCAAACUUAAUUUUUCCUAUGCAAAUCCCCAUACAAGAUUAAGGGCAUUUUAGCCCCAGUAUCUGUCAUUUUAAGCCCUCUAUGGAAUGCUGGAAUACUUAUAUGCUUUAAAAUGCCGAAAAUGAUAUUUAAAAUGUACAUUGAUACUCAAAAGGCUAUAUUUUCUCUGCCGCUACGCUGUGUACAUUGCAUCUUUCGGACGAUUACGAAAAGGAUAACAGGAGCUCCAAUUCCAGAUUCUGCUGUUGAAACUCAAGAAAUCAAUCCUGUGACAUUUUUGACUGGUAACCCUUGCGAUACAGCUAGUGUUCCGAAAGAAAUGAGAAAACUAACUAGAGAAUGCGUUGCUGCUGUUAAUCGGAUGGAUGCCUAUUACGCGAAAUUAAAGAAAUGCAAAACUGAUUUAGAAACAUGGAAGGAUGAAAACAUAAGAAAAAAUAAAGAGAAAUUCAAAACGAGAUCUGAUGAAGAAGAAUUGGUUAAAUUACUAGCAUCAGCCAUGAAUUACCUGCAGACUUUAAAAGCGCGAAAGGAUCGCGCAGACUGUAUUUUCUGUGAAAACGCUACUAAUUUUCUCACGAUCAGAAAUGUAGAAGCAAAAAAACUUCUCGAUCUAUUGUAUAACUUGAACGAAACUGAGGAAAGAACAAAUGUUGUAAAAGACGUGUUGGCUAAAAUAGACAGAUUUAAAAAAAUUAAAAUUGACUUUCCUUCGGAGAAGUCUGAAUCCCCAGCUCAAGUUUUAAGGGUGAAUUUCGAGUCGCUCCGUAAGUCUGUGCAAGAUGUAGUUAAUGAUAACAUCAAUUUAAAGUGCAAGCUCACAACUACAAAUGAUAAACUAGAUGAAGUGAUUGAAAUUUCUAAGAAUCUUAAUCGGGAAGUUGUCACGUUAGGAAGUCAGUUCAACGAUGUAUGUGUGCUAACCAAACAAAUGGCUACUCUUCAGAACCAAGUAGACCGUGGGCAAGAACUACUACUAGAAGUUGAGGCUGAUCGAGAUGAAAUGAGAGCUAAACUACAGACUUUAGAAAGACUAAUCAAAGAGGAAGAAGACUUUCUAGGAGAGCCUACCGAGUCUAAUUUCGGAAAUUCAUGCAGUUCAUUAGCCAAAUUAUCCUUAGAUGUUUUCGGGUCUUCACGCUGCUAAGUUGUAAAUUAUCUAUAGAGUGCCAAACAAGUUAAAUGUGAAGCAUGGCCAGUUCUCAUCUUAAAGGUUCAUGGCUUCAAGAUCCAGAAACUUGCCUCAAUAUCAAUUUUGAGUUCAUUUUUGUUUUACAGAUUCAACAUUUUAACACAUGAACUUCUUUUGUUGCUCGAUACGAAAGCCGUUUACAGUGAUACAUGUUCUUGCAGGAAUAGUUUCUUUUAAUUUGUUGUACUUUAUGUAUUAAAUAAUUGAAAAUGCAAAAUGA